UAAUAAAUAUUUUUUGUUAAUUAACUUGUAGCUUUUAAUAGUUUUGCGUUUCUUAAUUUUUAUUUAUUUUUAUUUUUAUUUUUUUUUCAGAGAGAGGUUUGAAAUUGCAACACACCAAAAAUGCAAGGAGAAAUCUACCAAGAAAAAAUUAAGGGAUGUUCUGACAGCCGAUAUCUGGCAUUUCCUCUCCGGCCUUACCUGUGCUAUGUCCCAGGUGAUCUCCAGGAAGAGUUGUCUUACCUGAAGUCAGAGGUGUUCCCCCAUCUGGACUCACUUUGCCAGGCCAGAGGCACUUGUUUCCAGCCUGUGGAUUUACAGCGAAACAAAGGAGAUAUUGAUGAAGAAACUGCCAGUGGUGAACAUAGCAGCAGUGGUCUGAUGGAUCACAAUGUCCAAACAACCCAUAAGCCCCCUGAUCUCUUCGACCAGCUGUUAAAAAUCAGCAUGGAUCUCAUUGACCGCACAUCCUUUUUCAUCUGUCUUCUUGGACACCGCUAUGGUCGUUGUUUGUCAGGGGAGAAUGUGUCCCAAUCUGAUAGAGCAUGUUCUUUGGUGGCCAGGAACUUGCAUGUUGCUGCAAAGGCUGGAUACCCUUGGGUCAUGGAAGACGAGUAUCGGACCUGUAGCCUGACAGAGCUUGAGAUCACCAAGGCGACCUUUAUUGACAACCACAGAUGCUGCUUCUUUUAUUUUAAAGAUUACACACCCCAAAGCAUUGAAGAUGGCAACAGUGAUGAAAUGCUCACCUUCUUGAAUAUGCUGUCUACUCAAACCCUUAGUGAGAAACUGUGCAUGAGAGAUCUUAAGAAGAGGAUCAUAGACCGUUGUCUUCCUGUCAGAUUCUUCAGAAAUCUGCAUGAGCUUGGGGAGAUGAUGAGAAAGGACUGGGAAGGGGUCAUUGGUCAGUUUUAUGGGAAUCUAGAACAUCCUAUCUCAGGAUGCCAGGAUUCAUUUGACCUGCAGUAUCAUGAGAGCCAUACCCGUGCAUUGUGCAAGUGGUUUGUGCCUUCAGCACAAGCAACUGGAAUACUGAAUAUAUUAAACAAAUUUGUGAAUCCUAUAAAGUGUAACGUAAAAUCUGAGACACACCCAAGAAAUUCAGGAGCUCAUUUCAGAUGUGAUCAUGACAACAAAGAAUCAGAGAAGUCUAUUUUAACAGUAUGUGGUGGAAGGGGUUGUGGCAAGUCAACUCUGGCAGCGUGGUGGCUACAGGCCUUCUGUAGACAGAAUCCUGAUAUUCCAGUCAUCUCUCACUUCUGUGGGACAAGCACAUCCAGCAUUGAUGUCAGGUCUAUGCUUAGACAGUGUACUGCUGAACUUCAAAGAGUGCAUUAUGCAGGCAACUUUCCAGAUUGGGAUGACCGUUUGGAAGAAGCUGUUAAUCUUGUGCCUCUCCAUCAGGUGGUGCAAGCAUUCAAUGCAGCAGCCAAUCUUGGGCCUUGUAUUCUUCUUCUAGAUGGUAUCGACCUUCUGGUGGAAACACAAGGACUCUCAAUGCAAGAGGUGAAGGAACUAAGAUGGUUGCCGGAUACUCUACCUCCCAGUUGUAAAAUGAUAAUUACAACAACCUUUACAGAUCUCACCUGUAAAAGAUUCACUGACAGGGCUGAUGUCCAGAUUCUCAGCUGUCCCGCUCUAUCCAAUUCCAAAGUUCAGUGCAGCAUUUUGCUUAAACAUCUGUCUUUGCCUUGCAAGGAACCACCAACUAAUGUUCUGAAAAGAAUUGCCAGCAAGAAGUUAUGUCACCUGCCGGCCGUUCUAGCACUCCUUGGUACAGAAUUAAGGACGUGUGGGACACAGAGGGAGAAAGAAGAGGAGAUAGAGCUGUUGAAAGAGUACAUAGAGGUGGACUCUGUUCCAGAGCUUUGGGUGAAGGUUAUUUAUCGCUGGGUGAAAGAUUACAGUAGAACUGUUCAAACCAAAGCUAUUUCUCCAAGAAAAGUCACUGGGGCUCAACCAAACACUGUAUUUUCUGUGGAAGAUCUAUCAGGUUGGGUAUGGGACACACUCUGCUUGAUUCACGUGUCUAGAGCUGGGUUAACUGAAGCUCAGCUUCUAGCUUUGUUGGACAAUCUUGGCUACUGUGGGAAUUUAAGAAUUAAGGUGUUGGAGUGGGCCCGACUGCACUCUGUUUUUUGGCCUUGGGUUCAGGAAAAAGCCAAUGGUCACCUGACCAUCAUGCACCAGUCUCUCAGCCAGGCUAUGAACCUGUUGUUGUUUGGUAUGGAGGGCCAGGUUAAGAGUCAAAAUUACUUCCAUCAGUUCCUUGCUGACUUUUUUCAAAAGUCCAGUGUAGAGCUUUGUAGCUGGGCAAGAAAAAUCGAAGAGGUUCCUUGGCACCUGAAGCAAACUGGCUCAUACAGGGAACUGCACAAUUUUCUCAGCAAACCAGCUACCAUUGAGUUUCUGUCGAGCAGCAUGAAGCAAUAUCCGCAGCAGACAACUGAUGUUAUACAAUACUGGGCACUAUUGAAGGAAAUGGGAUUUGACCCUGCCAAUUCAUUCCAGAAUCUGAUAGCCCAGUCUUGUAAUAGAAUAGAGCAUCGCGUAGAAUAUAACGAUGCUCACCCUCCAGAUCACAGCAGUGCAUGUAGAGUAGCAUUGUUCUGCUCAAGAGCACUGCUAUGUUUGGGUGAAACCUUGCAUGCUGAGAAGCUGUUACUACAUGUUGAUCAAAUUUUCCAAAAGCAUGAAGAGUUGGAUAGCGACAGUUUGAGGUUACUGCUCAAAGUGCAGCAUAUGCUGGCAAAGCUUUAUGUCCAAAUGCAUCUGCUGAAAGAGACAGAAACAUAUUGCCACAAGGGACUUAAGACAGCCCAGUCCCUUACAGCAGCCCACCUUGACAGCACAGAGGUCAAACUGAUAGUUGGACAGCUGCUUUGUCGUCUGUGCCUGAUAUUGCUGGAGGAUGGCCGGCUUUAUAAAGUGCCAGGACUUUUCAAAGAGAUCAGCUCUGCUAGAUACACAUCUGUCCAUCCCUGUGCUGAAGGCACCGACUUGCUACUGAAAGCCAUUCAUAAAAUGAGUCUUAAUGAGCCUAAAGCUGCUGAGAGGUGUCUCCAAAGUGCCCUGGCCAGCAGGAGGCGCUGGUGUGGUCCUGAUCAUGCUCUGGUGGCAGAAGUGGAGGAACAGCUCGCAGAUCUCUGGGCCAGCACACAAACGGACACAGUUUGGGCACAGAGGAAGAUUGUUGAACUGUACCGCCAUGUCAUAAGCACCAAAGAGACUGAAGCUCGGCAGCUGCAACUUGCCUCCCUGCAACACAGUCUUACUGUCACUCUGGUGAAACUUGGUAAAGUACUGUUGCGUAGCUGCAGUAAAGCAGACAGGAGAGAGGGGCUGGAUCUACUGCAGAGAGCUACAGACCUUCGGGUUUGCUUCCUGGGCCCCGAACACCCACUCACAAGAGACUGGAAACAUGUUUCUUACACAGAUAUUGCAAGAACAGGACACAGUUCAGGAAACAUGAAACAUUCACUAGACAGGCUAUGUCCCUUCAAGGAAUCACAUAGGGUGCUACAACAGUUAACCUCAAAGCCAUGUAUCACAAGACCAUUCAACAGACUCCCUAAAAGCUCUUCUGCACAAAGAGCAUCACCAGAGAAUCUAUCUUGUGGCCAUGAUGAAACCCUAAAAAGACCAUGGACGGCAUUCCAGGUCUCUGUGUUUGGGUCACAGAGUGACAUCAGGACUCUAUUGCCAACUGGAAUGUUUGAUAGGAGACUGUCUCUUCCCAGGUCAGCUGGGGGGUCUUUCCCAGGCAGAUGCACUCGGAAACUCUGAAGGCAUUGAACUGAUAGAUAAGAGGUCUAACUCACAAGCAAUCAGCACAGUGUGAUGGACAGAGCGGCCAUGUGUUUUCUUGUUGAGAGGCACUAUUUUAUUGUAUUCUGUUCUGUUGUUCUGUUCUAUUCCAUCUAUUCUUUUCUAUUCUUCUGUUUUGUUCUGUUCUUUCUAUUCUGUUCUAUUCUAUUCUUCUCUUCUGUUCAUUAUAUUCAAUUCUAUUGUUCUGUUCUAUUCAAUUCUGUUCCAUCUAUUCUAUUCUGUUCUAUUCUUCUCUUCUGUUCAUUACAUUCAGUUCUAUUCUUCUAUCUAUCUAAACACAUGCAUCAUCCGUAUUAGUCUAUCUGUCUGUCUGUAUGUCCUUUUUAUGUAAGACUUUUAUUUUGAAAAGAACUGGCACUGGGUACUUGGCAUUAAACCAUGUUAUCAUCAGGUGUCCGCUUUCAUUCCAGCAGAAAACCAAACACAAAAACGCAGAUACGAAACCAUAGAUACACAAAGACAAACAGAUGCAGAAAUGUCGGGCUACUCGUGGAUCACACAUUAUGCCACCAGCAUAUUAUGCAGCAAUGGAGAUAUCUGAGCUACAGAUGGUGAGGAGUCUGAUUGCAUCGUCAUUGCGAAAACAUCUCUCAGACUGUGCAAGAAAUAUUCAUAGAAUGAAUGUUAUGAGUGCCAGGAUUUACAUCUGUGCAAAUAUUUUAUGGCAAUUGCAGAUAUGGGAAGGACAGGUAAGAAUGGGACUGGAGGACCGCAGUAAAGAUUGAAAUUCAGACUUCGAUUUGCCAUCAGCAGUUCUCGAGUCAACAGUACACUGAUCCAAUGACAGCAGCUCUCGCAUCUGCAGUACAUUGAGCCGAUCACAGCAGUUCUCGAGUCAACAGUACACUGAUCCGAGGACAGCAGUUCUCGAGUCAACAGUACACUGAUCCGAGGACAGCAGUUCUCGCAUCAGCAGUACACUGAGUCAAUCACAGCAGUUCUCGAGUCAACAGUACACUGAUCCGAGAACAGCAGUUCUCGAGUCAACAGUACACUGAUCCAAGGACAGCAGUUCUCGAGUCAACAGUACACUGAUCCAAUGGCAGCAGUUCUUGAGUCAGCAGUACACUGAUCCAAAGACAGCAGUUCUCGAGUCAGCAGUACACUGAUCCGAAGACAGCAGUUCUCGAGUCAGCAGUACACUGAUCCGAGGACAGCAGUUCUCGAGUCAGCAGUACACUGAUCCGAGGAUAGCAGUUCUCGAGUCAACAGUACACUGAUCCAAAGACAGCAGUUCUCGAGUCAACAGUACACUGAUCCGAGAACAGCAGUUCUCGAGUCAACAGUACACUGAUCCAAAGACAGCAGUUCUCCAGUCAGCAGUACACUGAUCCGAGGACAGCAGUUCUCGAGUCAGCAGUACACUGAUCCAAAGACAGCAGUUCUCGAGUCAACAGUACACUGAUCCGAGAACAGCAGUUCUCGAGUCAACAGUACACUGAUCCAAAGACAGCAGUUCUCCAGUCAGCAGUACACUGAUCCGAGGACAGCAGUUCUCGAGUCAGCAGUACACUGAUCCGAGGACAGCAGUUCUCGAGUCAGCAAUACACUGAUCCGAGGACAGCAGUUCUCGAGUCAGCAGUACACUGAUCCGAGGACAGCAGUUCUCGAGUCACCAGUACACUGAUCCGAGGACAGAAGUUCUCGAGUCAGCAGUACACUGAUCCGAGGAUAGCAGUUCUCGAGUCAGCAGUACACUGAUCCGAGGACAGCAGUUCUCGAGUCAGCAGUACACUGAUCCGAUGACAGCAGUUCUCGAGUCAGCAGUACACUGAUCCGAGGACAGCAGUUCUCGAGUCAGCAGUACACUGAUCCGAGGACAGCAGUUCUCGAGUCAGCAAUACACUGAUCCGAGGACAGCAGUUCUCGAGUCAGCAGUACACUGAUCCGAGGACAGCAGUUCUCGAGUCACCAGUACACUGAUCCGAGGACAGAAGUUCUCGAGUCAGCAGUACACUGAUCCGAGGACAGCAGUUCUCGUGUCACCAGUACACUGAUCCAAGGACAGCAGUUCUCGAGUCAACAGUACACUGAUCCAAGGACAGCAGCUCCCACAUCAGCAGUACGUUGCGUCAAUCACAGCAGUUUGCAAGGCACCAGUACACUGAACUGAGAAUCGCCUCUUUCGGACAUCAGUGAGCAGCUGAUGAGCAUGUGUGAACCGAGGACUUGAAUGAGGGGGCGAAACAUUUCAGUCGAGAGAUGUAAACAAAUUUUACUAUUGAGUAUUGUGCAUGCAGUAUUGUGAUGAGCUGGAUCAUGGCUUCUGUAAUAAAGGGUGGGUUGACUAGUUUAAUCACUUUUUAUGCUUUAAACAUGUAGAACAUACACGUUUGUAUAUCAGUGUCAGUAUUGGGUGCUUUAGGUGCAAAACUUUAAUGUAGGAUGUAUUGUAAGAUCACUGAAUGAAACACUGAUGACAAUAAACACCCUUGUUAUUAUAACUUAAUUAAA